AUGGGUUUGCGUGGAUCAAAGCAUGCUGGUGAUGAAGAUGACAUCUCAUUUAACAUGGAGCUUGCUGGUGGCCACUCAAAUUGGGUGAACCUAGAGGAAAAAGUAAUCCACCCCUGACUGCUAUUUUUUUUAUUCUGGCAGAACUCAAUAGUAACACAUUAUUUACAUAAUUCAAAUUGAAUAUAAAACUCUCAAGUAAUUACAUGUUCUACUGAUUUCAUGUUAUAUUAAUUGUCGCUACUAAUUCAAUAAAGAGCAUUUAUUAGAUGCAGUGUGGGUGACUGCAUGAGAUAGGAACCAUAUUGAGUAAUUUAUUUGGUUCUUGAUUGGCUAUAAAAAGAUGGUGUUCACAUUACUCAAAACCCUCUUUUUUUCUGUUACAAUUUUUAGCAAUAUAAAAAGAUGGGUAGUACAUAGUAUUGUUAUUUUGUUUGCUCAAUUAACAUUAAAAUACGUUGAAAUUUUAAAAAAAGUUGUCACAUUUGGUAUGUGUGGUUUUUUCUUUUUGCAAAGUAGGUACUAUUGAUAUCAAUCAUAUUUCAUAAGAAAUGUAGAAGGCAUUGUUUUUACAUAAAUUAUUUACAAUGUAUUCGUUAUAAAUCUCCCUUUUCUCAGCUCUAGUUCGCUGCAAGCUUUCCUUGUGCAGUUACAAAGCUCAUUAUACUAGCUUUGCUGAUUUUGAGAGAUAAUAUCUAUUAAAGGCAAUAUUUCUUGCCUAUUCAACUUUCUUCAAUACUUUGAUGCCCAAAAGAAGUAAGGCAUACAUGUACGAACUAGAUCCUCCAACCUAUCUUCAAUGGAGUUAGAUGGUUGUAAAGAUAAAGGGUUAAUGAUAAUUUUGUCUUGGCUCAUGGAAAAUAAAGUGACGAUGGUGAUGAUCAAAGUUAUGGGAUUAUGCAGAUUCAAUUCCCCAAGCAUCAUUAGAUGGUGCCUUUAUCUUCAUUAAUGGAAAAUUGAAGGACCAUAGUGCUUAUUCAAGUUUUUAAGAAUAUGUGGAUCUCCAAUCCACAAUAAUCUUUCCAACACUAAGAAAACGAACUAAAAUUAGAUUACGAUGUAUUAUACAUUCAUGUAGGCAUUUUAUGUGAGUGAUUAUUUUUGAAAGAUUAAUGUUAUGAUUAUCAAUCAUGCACAGGUGGGUUAUACAUUAUUAUUUCCUAAUUUGAACAUUAAGAGAUUUUUUGUUUUUUAAAAUGAUAUUGGACAUAAAAUGUGAUAUUACUUAAUGAUUUAUUGAUCCAUUGAUAUAUGUAUAAUUUCUAAUAGAAAUAAUAAUCCCCUCAAAUGAUGUUGAGAAUAUCUCUAGGUGUGAGUGACAGGUCAGUGAAAACACCAUAGGGACUGCUAGAGGAUGUAAUCAUUAAUGUAAAGGGUUGUUGUUUUCCUAUAGAUUUUUUGAUUUUAGAUAUGCUGAUUAGAGAUGAUUUAUGCCACGCACCAAUUAUACUAGGUAGGCCUUUCCUAGCCACAACUAAUGCAAAUAUAGAUUGUGAGAAUAAAAUUAUCAAUAUUAAACCUGAAGAUAAACAUAUUGGACUUAAUGUAUUUCAGAGUACAAAAUUCCUGAUGGGGGAAAGGGAUGAAUUUGAGGAAGUUGAUAGCAUAGAGACAUGUGUAGAAGAGAUAAAUUGGGUGCAGCAGAAGGAAGAACAUAUAGUGGGGCUUGAAGUAGCCUACACAUACAUCAGUCAUAGCUCCAAAUAGAUUUGAUGUAGCCAUCAUUAGAACACCCUCCUAAAUUAGAGUUAAAACCUUUACCUAAUUCGAUGAAAUAUGCAUUUCUUGGGCCAAACCAAACAUUACUUGUUAUUAUUUCAGCAGGUCUGAUUACAAAGCAAGAAGGUAAGAUUAUGGAGGUUUUAAAAAAACACAAAGGAGCAAUUGGCUAG